UCAAGCGAGUAAGUAGCGCGUUGCUCUCGCAAAUGAAUUUUAGUUGCUCCGUACUCUGUGUAGCUAGCGGCCUUCAUCAAUAAAAACAAACGAGCCGUUGAGUUUCCGCACGUGGGUGUCGAUGGCUCCGUGGGUCAUCUUUUCAGCCCAAUCGAGUGCUGUUGUUGAUGACAAUGAGCGGUACCGGUGCGUGGAAAAUGGACGGCAGCAUUGCCACAUUUCCCGACCAUAUCCUCGAGAUGAUAUUCUCGCACUUGGAUCUCUACACCCUCGGCAAUUGUCUGCUCGUUUGCAAGAGAUGGCACAGGUUUCUUAAUAACGAUGAAAACAACGAUAUCUGGCGCGAGCAUUGCAAAAAGAAGCUCACUGAGGAGACACUCAGCUCGGAUUUGUUGUCCUCAGUGCCCAGUUACAAAGGCAAACUCAGGGCUUACUAUUAUGCCUGGAAUCCAAAUGAUUGCUCCAGGAAUAUCUAUACCAAAUUCAAUGACUUCACAUUACACAGGAAUCCAGUUGCUCAAAGUACUGAUGCAUGUCGAGGAAAAAUUGGGUUUCGACAUGGCAGACAUGCUUGGGAAGUAAUAUGGGAAGGUCCACUGGGUACUGUUGCUGUUAUAGGCAUUGCAACUAAGGAAGCUGCUUUGGUUUGUCAGGGUUAUGUUGCUUUGCUUGGUUCGGAUGAACAUUCCUGGGGAUGGAAUCUUGUCGAUAAUAAUCUCUUGCAUAAUGGAGAUGCACAGGGCAAUUAUCCUCUUCCAAAUAAUGCACCAAAGUAUCAGGUUGGAGAAAGAAUAAGAGUUAUACUUGAUUGUGAUGAUAACACAUUAUCAUUUGAGAAAAAUUAUGAAUUUUUAGGGGUAGCAUUCAGAGGUUUACCAGAUAAAAGAUUAUAUCCAGCUGUUUCCGCCGUUUAUGGAAACACUGAAGUUUCUAUGGUAUAUUUGGGUCCCCCAUUAGAUGGGUAAUCAUUUGAAUUUUUUAACGCAAUUCAAUAUAACUCAUGAUGGUUGUUUUGUAUAUUCUGUGAAUUUAUAUUAGCUAUCCUAAGAAAUUUUAGUAGUACGUUUAUUAUUUAUUUUUUGUAAUAUAUUUAUUAUAAAUUA